AUGAUGAUUAUUUUGGUAGAAUAUUAAAAUAUAUUAAUGGAAUCUACUGCAAUAAUUACUUGCUUAGCUUUUCCUAUAACUCUACUUAGCAUCGAUUUAGCUUUUAUUAUUUACUUUUGCAUUUUAGGAGUAUUUUUGAUUGCCUAUAGAUACUAGCAUGUCAAGUAAGAAAGACUCCUAUUUCUAGUUUUAAAAAACUUUGAAAGAUGGCAGAUUGUUGUUGAAAAAACUGUACCUGCUCAUUUUAUUAUUUAGAGCUUUGUUUAUAGGACACAUUAGAUACAACUUUAUGAUUCAAGCAAAAAGUUCUAAGCAGAAUUUAUGAAAGUAGCUGAAAAGAGAGAUCUUAAAAAAUCAAAUUUUAAUGAGAAAUAUGUGUAAAUUUUGAAACAGUUACACAUAGAAAAUAUCAUUAAUAGAGGUAAAAUAAAACCUAUUUCCUUUCCUUACACUGAAACACCUACCCUAUAUGAUUAUUUAUUGGAUAAGCAUGCUUUGCUAUUUGAGAACUACAACGAAGAAAAUAAAAAUUCAAAUAUUACAUUUAACUUGAACAAAACUAAAUCGUUUUCAAAAGAAAACUAAUCAGCACAGAAAGUUUAAAGCUUUAAAAUAGAUACAAACCCCUCAAGGACAAGUAUUGCUAAUUAAAGCAAGAUUGAUAUUGGAAAAAAAUUAAGGAAAUUUAGCAGAAAUAACUCUAAAAAAUUAUCUGUAAACGAAAAGUAGCAAUCAUUUGCAGAAAAAAAGCAGGGCUAAUAAACAAAUGAGCAUGUCGAAGUUUCUUAUUUUGAUGAAAAAUUAAAUCAAAAAUAAUACUUUAAAGUAUGUAUUGUUCCACUUAUGCUAUAAGAACCUCUACUUGCCAUUUCAAUGGAAGACAUCACCUUUGUGUCAUUGUAUCAUUAGAAAAUGAAGCAUAUAAAAUAAAAUAUUAUCCUUAACUCACUCUCUUAUGUUAAGUUAAAGUCAAAAAUAGAUGAUAUUUACAAUGAUAUUUCCUUUGAAUAACCCAAACUAAAAAAAGAAAUCAUUUAUAUUUCACAUAUUAUAAGGGCUUUCACUAAAAUUGACCCUUUAAAAAUUACAUUCAAUACUUUUUCAAUAUGCAAUUUGAUUGAAGAUAUUAAAAAAAUCUUUCCUUGCAUUAAACAAGUUAAUUAUAAGAGAGAAAUCACUUAACCUACUAUUGUAGAAAAAAAGCAAUAAUAAUAAGAUAAAAAAAGCACUCCUCAGAAAUUUAUAAGAAGUCAUACAAAUAGUUCUCUUCAAUGUGGAAUUGAGAAUUAGAAAGACAUUGAACUAACUUAUUUAUAAAUUAAAAAACCAAAUAUGUCAAUGAAUAAUUCUGAUGUUGCUUAAUUAAAGUUACUAAAUUAAGUUAAUCUAGUCCCUUCACAAAAAUAGAAAGAUUAAAUAAAUGGAGUAAUUUAUAAUCACUUAAACUAAUAAUACUUAAUCAAUAAAAAUAAUUAAAAAAACAACUCAAAUAAGCAAUAUAUAAACAAAUAGAGCAUUUUUGGACAUCAAAAAGAAAAAGACACCAUUCUCAGUAAAAAAUAAAUAAACUUAGACCCUUUUAGUGAUAUGAAUGAAGUAGAAUUUAGUAAUUCUAACAUUCUCAUAAAUAAUGAUAUAGAUAAUUACCAAGAUAAGGAUAAUGAAGGAGAUUAGAAUCAUAAUAACAAUAAUUAAUCUAAUAAUAAUCUUCAUAAUAUCAUGAUAAAAAACAUUUUAACAUAAAAAAGAGGAGCAAAAAGAACUUUAUCUCAUACAAUUCCUUUUUCUUAAGAAUGCAGAACACUAGAGAAAGUAAAUACAUUUUGUAAUAUUAUAGGUAACUAUGAAUAAGGGUUAAGAGAAAAAGUCCUCGUUUCUGACUCCCCAACAACCAAUUAUUAGCAAUCAUGUUACAAAGAGCGUCUUGACUCUAUAUAUACCUAAUUAAGUUCACCUAGAUGUAGACUGAAUACUUAAUUAACCAAUAACAAUAAUUAUACAGAGGAAAAAGAGAUAUUAACAAAAACAGCAGAUCAAAAUAACUUACAAAAUUAAGCAAAUGCUAUUUUUUACUCUUCAAAUAGAAAAAAUGAAACUUUAUCAACUUCUUAAAAAUAACUUUGUGAGUUAUUUGAAAAUUUAGGAGUUGCUGAAGAAAAAAUGAAGCGAGAAAUAGACUCUCAUUUAACUGAAGAAACCCAAAAUCUAGAGUAUUUUAUAUGUAACAAUGAGAAUAUGAUCUAGUAUGUGCUAAUAGGGGUCCUUAGCAUUUUUAAAGAAAAAAAUGUUGAAAUAGAAAUCUGCUUAAAUUAAUAAAGUUUAUAUAAAUCUCUCAAAAUAUUAAUCAAACCUUGUGUAAAAAUGACUCUAAGCAAAAAAUUGACUUACUUUCAACCUGAAGCUCUUUACAGCUUAGACGAUAUUUAUGAUAUAAAAAGCUCAGAUGAUCCUUGCAGCUUUUCUUAGCUUUCUGAAAAAAUGUUUUAAAGGUUAAAUGAAAUUUGUCUUCUUCUUGGUCCUAAUAAAAUAAGAAAUGAACCAGAUUUAAUUGAAGUAGAGUUUUUUGCAGAGUAAAAUAAAAUAAACAUUUAAAAGUAAUAAUAAAUUUGA